CAGCACGCCAAGCGGCAUGCGAUGGGCCCGAUUUGGGGGGCCAUAGGGCCGACCGUGGCGGACGCCCUGGAGGGGCCAUAGCAUGCUGGGAAGGUUUUCGGGCUUUGGAGACGGGGAGAUGGCGACUUGUGGCCAUGAUACCCACCGCCCCCGAGACCAUGCGCUGGGGGCUUGCAGUUAAUUAAGAAAGCCGCUAUGACCUCCUCACUACCGCCGCGGACGCGGCUGCUAUUGGUAGUAAAAGCAUGAGCACGAAGAUGGCAGCGCAGACACUCAAAGCAAUUGCCCGAAAAGAAACCUUCGAAAAGUUUUCAAGUGGAGCGGUCAAGAGCUUUGCCGGCGACUUUUGGAUGGCUCUAAAAAGUGUGCCCGCGCUAUCUGGUUCCGCAAAUGGUCUCCAAGUGCUAACGUCGCAUUUCCAUGAGCCUGGCGGGCUCGGGACGUGGAUGCGCAAAGAGCUGCAAGUGCAUUUGAUCGAGAUGGUCGCGGAGCAAGUUCUACAUUACAGUUUUCGAAGAAAACGAUGCGCACGAUGAAGCUCUGCGCAAGGUUUUUGAAAAGCCGGACAACGUCGGCGAGACGCACGCCCCGCGGGGGCACAGCAGACGCGACAAACAUGAAGCGCUAGCAAAACACAGAGGCAAGCGGGGCGAUCGACAUCAUGAGAGGAAAGAAAGCAGAGCUUCGGGCGGAGCGUGGUCCCAACACCUCAAGACGGCCCAUGUGCACAAGACGACAAGCAGCGCGAAGUUUACAUUUUACAAUGAGGUCAAAGAUUGCCCCAAGCCCGGCACCCCAGCCCCCGACGCGGAUGCAAUUCCAAUUUUUUGCUUUAAGCCGUUGUACAAAAAGGAAGGCGGCGUCCGAAUCAACCAACUCCGUAUUCGCGCUCCCGACGGGAACGCGCGUAAUGCGCUCACGAUCCCCAAUAAGCUCCUCACUGAAGCGCACAAUCUACUUCACAAAGACCAUCUGGGCACGACGUUGCUGA